AUGGGUCCGUUACAGAGGACCGUUUAUUUGCGGCUUAGUUUGCCUAUUUUUUUCACGGCUUUUCUCUUCUUCGUGGACGUGUUUACCGUACACCGAAAUUCCUGCCGUGUGGAUACGGAGAGUAGUUCCGUCAAUUACACGCCUGGGACUCUGGAAGCAAAUUUCUCCAUAUCAAUCCCAAAGAAUACUGAAGAUUUGUUUAAUAAUGACACCGCCAGCAACACGGAUCUCGUUGCACAUGGUCAAACUGUUUACAUGACCAGUUUGUUGGUCGGGGCUUUGGUCGGUGGCGCUCUUUCGGACAAGUAUGGAAAGAAAUUUGUCCUCGUGUGCUUCGCCACUGCGCACGCAGCCGUAGCGCUGGCGACGGCGUUUCUGCCAAACGCAAUUUUUUACCUUGUCGCCCGAUGCAUCACAGGAAUCUCCUGCUGUGCCAUGCACAUCUGCAUCUACAGUUUAGGGGUUGAAUGGAGCCCACCAAAGUUGCGUAUCUGGCCCACGACUCUGCUGUCAUUCGUCUUUAGCCUUGGCAUGAUGGGGUUGGCAAGUGUAGCCUAUUUUACCCAGGACUGGAUGCAGUUCCACCUGGCACUAGCUAUUCCACAAAUCCUCUGCCUGCCUUUGUAUCUUUCUAUUCCAGAAUCUCCAAAAUGGCUGCUGCUGAAUAAGAAGUUUGAUGUUCUGGAAGAGUAUCGCAGCAGGAGUCCAAAGGACAAGGCUUGUCUUGACCUGCUUUUGCAUGCCGUGGGGACUGAAGUCCAGAAGUCAGAUACAGGGAAAAACAGUGAGAGAGAAUCAGUUUUCACCCACUUCAAAUCAAGCACCAUCAUGCUUCGUCUGAUGAUAAUGAGUUAUAUUAGUUUAGCAACCACUCUCACCUACUAUGGGAUUUGUUUGAAUAUUGGGAGUUUUGGGGUGGAUGUCUACCUGGCUCAGUUCUUCUCUGGACUGUCUGAGAGUCCAUCUCUUCUCCUGCCCUUCCUGAUGAAGCGGUGCGGCCGCAGAAUCUUCACCAUGGCCUCCCUUUUCAUGAGCGGCGUCUCCUGCGCGCUGUCCCUCCUUGCCCUGCGCUUCUACAAUAACCCUGCACUCGUGAUGGCUCUGGCCUUAAUGGGAAAACUUUGUGUGCAAUCGACAUCGUGCGUCCUUCUGCUGUAUGGAAUAGAACUCUUCCCAACGGUCAUAAGGCAGAAGUGCGUCGGCCUGGUUAGCCUGUCAUCGCGGCUGGCCUGCAUCACGGUCGCGGCUGUCGUUCCGAAGGGAACCGUUCCGCUGGUCGCCAUGUUAUGUUACAGCAGUGGACCUAUCCUGGGAGCUGGCUUUUGCCUGCUCUUGCCCGAGACCAGCGGAGUCCCUCUGCCAGACACAAUCCAGGACUGUGAAAACCAGCCCGGGUUGGACCUACGCACUCUUUCUUGCGGUCACAGGUAUUCACCAGCCCCUAAACAAGAGAGAGAAUCUGCUUGUCUCAGCAAAAAAGAGCUUGAACCACAAAAAGAGAAAGUAGCCCUCACAGCGUGA